GGAGGAGGAGGAGGAAGAGGAAGAGCACGAGUGACGGAAGAUAUCUGGGAGAUAAACAGGAAAAAUGGGCGUAAGCUCGUUGAAGAAGAAUUUUCUUGGGAGAGGGAAAAGAUUUCUAGUUUAUUGAUGCGUCUGGUGAAGCUAGUCCUCGAGGAAGAGAAUCGGGGAGGAUAGCGUUUACCGAAACUAGGACCACCUAUCGACAAUAAAAUUAACAAGUUCGCCAUGGAAAUCUCGGUACUUUUACUUUACGCGACGACGUUGUUCGGCAUCGUAACGAGCGACAAGUGCGCAGACGAGUGUUCCUGCAAGUGGAAGAGCGGGAAGCGUACGGUCGAGUGUAUAAAUCGUGCCCUGACUAGCAUACCGGAGUGGGUCGAUCCGGAGACGCAAGUACUGGACACUAGUGGCAACGACAUUCGGACCUUGCCGAGCAACAUCUUCGUACGUGUACGGUUGACGAAUCUACAGCGUCUCUACCUACGCGAGUGCCGUAUCGACCGAAUCGAUAGCGAAGCACUGGCGGGCCUUACGAAUCUAGUUGAGCUCGAUCUAAGUCAUAACCUCUUAACCGUAGUCCCUAGUGGCAGUUUCACGGAUACACCGUUUCUCAGGGACCUGGUACUUGCCAACAAUCCUCUCAAGAGGGUUCACUCGCACGCCUUCAAGAGUACACCGAAUUUGGUCAAGCUGGAUCUGUCUAACACACAGCUAAUCGAGAUCGAACCGAAAGGUUUCCGAGGUUUAGAAUUACUGGAAAGUUUGAAACUGAACAACAACCAGUUGUCGACGCUUCAUCCAGGCACCUUCGAGCCUUUAAACAAACUCACUAGUAUAGAACUUCAUGACAACCCAUGGAUAUGCGACUGUCAUCUACGCGAGAUGAAGAUGUGGUUAGUGAAGCACAACCUGCCUACUCUUCAGGCACCAAUUUGCCACGGACCGAAACAAUUAUUGAACCGUACGUUCACCGAUCUAGGUAUCGACGACUUUGCUUGUCGUCCGAUCCUCCUGAUAGCCAGUCGAUACGCCGAGGCGACGAUAGGCGAAAAUGCCAGUAUCGUGUGUCGGGUUAGCGCGAUACCACCGGCUAAAGUGAAGUGGUAUUGGAAUGGGAGACUGCUGACCAACCAUUCGGCGUUCAGUAGCUAUCAGAAGAUCUUGAUCUUCGAGGAAGGUCAGUUCAGGAAGAGGAGCACGUUGGUACUGACGAACGCCCAGGAAUCGGACUCUAGCGAAUUCUAUUGUGUCGCUGAGAAUCGUGCGGGCAGUGUCGAGGCCAAUUUCACCCUUCACGUGUCUCUGAGAACCGCUGGCAUGUCGACUCUCGGUUCUGGUCAAAUUGCUGGAAUAUCCGCCGCUCUGGUCGUCUUGAUUCUCUUCAUCCUUCUCAUCAUUCUCGUGCUGUUCAUUCGUUUUCGGAAAAUGCCUUUGAAGGACGUUAAAUCAGCGGUGCCUGCGGAAGGGGCAUCGGCGGAUAACACCGGGGGUAACAACGAGAACCCGCCAUCCGCGACGUCUACCAGCCGUAGAAAGCACGAGGAGAUCGAAACCACGUCGUUCGGUGUGGACUCGAAGCCACCUGUGUCCUUAAAUCUCAGCUACGUUCAAAGACCGCAAGCGUCCUUGCAGGCGGAGAAUGAGUACGCUUCGAUCAGAAAUUUCGACGAGCAUAGUCAACAAUCGUCGGUGAUGGUGGCGCCGAGCGGUUGUUUCUCGUCGACCACGUCGUUGAUGCCGAUCGACAAUCCCGAUCUGAUCAGGGAUACACACCGCGGAUCGGCUGAGGACAUUACGCCGUAUGGUGGAGCGGAUUACACUCGCAUGGAAGUGGUGGACGACGCCAAGAUCCUUUAUUCGGGUUGCCUGUGGGAUGCGAGGGAUACGUGCAGAACAGCGGUGCCAGUGAGCACGUAUCCUUCGAAGGAGACCCUCGCUGUAGUGGCGCCUAUAGUUGAGCAGUUUCCACCUGGCGCGAAGCAGAUACGAGUUUGGCAAAAGGGAGCGCCGGUUUUACCUCCUGUAUCCGCGCUGAAACGUGUCCUUGGUUCGACGCGUAGCUCUCCCGACGAGGGCUAUCAAGAAGGGACUGGGACCGACGUCUAGGUACCGCUGCUUCAUUACUGCGACGCCCGGCACCGUUACCUGGAGCUUCGUAGACGCCACCAGGACGACACCGACUGUUGAGCGACGUCCUGUCCAGUGCCGGACGAGCGGUAGUGAACGAUUCUGAAUAAUACUGAAUUCCAAGGAAUCCGUCGCGUUGAUCGAUGAACACGGACGUCGACCUGUCACGUGGAUUGCGUAUACAUAAACAUAUUAUAUAUAUAUAUAUAUAUAUACAUAUUGUAUAUGAGAGAGAGAGAUAGAACGGGUGAGGUGGGAGGGGAGUGAUCGAUGAAACGGUUCAAGAUAUACUCUAUAUAUAUGUAUGUAUGUAUGUAUGUAUGUAUGUAUGUAUGUACGAAUGGUGGAAACGUACGUCCACUUGUCGCAAAAUUUACGUACGGUGGUCGAUGAAAUAGUUGAAGGUGUCGUCGUGACUAAUCCACGGAACACAUAAAACGAAGAUUCCGUCGAGGAUUGAUCGAUAAAACUGAAUUGCCGUUCCGCCUGCUACGUCAAGUAACGUUCGACGCGAUUAUUUCAAAGGCGUUUCGUGUGUCCGACGUGUAGAAAGGAGAUACGACGUUCUUAACGACCGAAACGAUGAUGCGCCCUGGGAGAAAGGAGCCAUUGUCGUCGUUCACCGGUCUCGCAGCACAAUGUUGACGGGUAAUACUUUCUACAAUGGCUAAGAAUACGGGGGAGAGAAUGGAACACGUAACAGAAACAGAUUAGGGAUAACUUAAAAAAAUUAAGAGUUUUAUCUUAAUACAUAUAACGAACACGAAGACUGCAGUGCAUGUUCCAAAGGAUGUGUAGAUAGAACGAUGAUACCGUGAGAAUGAUUUCUAUUGCCCUGUUUGGAUUUUCUAGUCAAUUUCGUGAAUGUAAUUAGACGAUUAGAUCGGAUGCGAGCACGACCGUGUCGAUCGUACGAGAAUCACUGUGUCAUUUUUAAUUUAAUACAAAUUACUCAACGAAAAAUUCGAGUAAGAUCGAGCACGUAGAAUCGAUCGGUAGAUUUUGGAUAACGAACGAGGGCGACACACGAGCCGAUAUUGUCGCAACGGAUAGUUAUUGACGUUCGUGUUUCAGACGAAAAUUCACGGAAAUGAUAGAGUGUGAAAUACUCGUAUCACGUCGGCUACACCUCGGGAUCCGCCGUUACAAUUCUCUCGAUGAUCAAUUGAUUUACUUUAGAGACUAGAAAAUGUUGAAAAAUACAUUCGUGUAACUACACUGCCUAUUUCGAUAUCGAUUCGAACGUCAUCGAGGAAUUCAAGCCCUUCAGUGUCUGUGUCGCUAACCCUUGGACGGCGGAUCAUUUCAUUUAAUCUUAUUCGAAAUUUUACACCGUUCCUUGGGGGUCAGAUAACGCGUUACAAACUAUUAUUUUCCAAACUGUACCAGCUUUUCACCUAAUUCCUUUUUUCAAUCAAAUGGUAGAAGAAAUUUUUCUAACAUACCUACUAUGGAGUCAGAGUAAACAGAAUAUUGUAAAUGACAGUUAUUUAAUGACAGUGAAUGUUGCAUUCACCGACUGACAAGCAUUUUGUAUUCGAGUUUUCAUAUCUUCAUCUGUGGUAGAUAGAAUUUCCAUUAUAUUGUGCUUCAAAUACCCUUACAAGAAAAAAUCGAAUGCAAAAUGCUUGUAAGUCGGUAUCUCUAAUACAUGAUAUAUUAAAAAAAGCAUUUCUUUUGUCAUUAAUCGUUAACUAUUAGGAAUAUCAACAAAUGGUUCCAGUAAAUGUUAUCCACUUUGAUAAAAGCUAUUUAAUUAAUUAAAAAAAAAGAAUUAGAUCGAUAACUGAUAGUUUCCGAUAUAAUAGCUUGUAAUAGCUAUAUCUUACUGGCCCUGUACAUUUAAGUUUUGGUUUCGAUUCAUCCAGAUUCCGCUGUUCGAGGAAUAAUCAUACGUAUACAUAUCGACGGUUUACAUAUCCAUCAAAGAGAAACUCGCGAUCCCAAAAUGUAUCCGUCAUCGAUCGAUCUCUAUUACUUUUUCUUUCUUUCUUUUCUUUUUUUUAAUUUUUUUUUUAUCCGGAGCCAAUAGAAUCAAUUACAUAAGACUGUAUAGUAAGCACAGGAAGCCCGUAAGCCAAUUGCAAGCGAAUAUAAACUAUUGCUCAAACACUGAAACGUGGAGCUUUCGAUUGGUUGACCGGCUCAUGCCUCGCGUUAGUGUCUUACGUAAGUGAGUCUGUGUAUGUUGAUCUAGACACUUGGUGGUAAGCGGUAAGCCAAAACGCCAAUUUCGAAUAUCGGUCAGUUAUCAGCCUGUGUCUAUGCGUGUGUGUUGUGUCGUGUUGUGUUGUGUUGUGUUGUGUAUGCGUAUUUGCCCAGGCGGUUCGUACGUGUCUCUUGAGAGCCCCCUGUGCCUGAAUAUACGUGUGAACGUACAUACGUGAUAAUAAUCAUUCGAGAAUGUGUGCCCGAUGUACAUGUGCGCACCAGGGAGAGAUCGAGGGUGAGAUAGUGCAUGCAGUGCAGUGCUUGCAAUUGCUACCGAUUGGUUUAUCGUCUAUCGUUCGGACUCGGCUGCUUUUCUCUUACUCGUUCGUCCUAGAACUCGUGAUGAGGUAGAAAGAAAAAAAAAAAAAAAAAUAUAUAUAUAUAUAGGAAAUAUGCCACUGACUAGUUCCAUCGAAUCAUAUAUUCCAGACGAUCGAUAAUACGUGAUACAGGGUAGAGAACGCGACAGGACACGCUUCCAGUUUAUUGCUUAUUUUUUUUGCGAAUCGUACCUACUGAAAAUAAUAGGUAAAAUAUUUCUUCUUUUUUUUUUAUCGAGGUCCAGAAACGAGCUGGUCGCUGUGUGCCUUAACGUUUUCACGUUACCGGUUCAGCCCACGAUAUCGCGUGAUCGGUUAUUUUCGAUUGAUCGAGUCUCCUGAAUUAGGAAAAUUGGUAUGGUGUAAUCAAAUUAACUGAGAAAUAUCAGAGAAAUUCGAAAGAAGAGUGGAAAAAAAUUGAUGAACUCACGGUCUUCGGUCGCAAUGUGUUCCGAUCAAACCGCUAUGUUGCAUUUCGUUUCUAGAACUCUACAUCAUCCUCGAUCCCUCUUAACGGUUAGCUUCCCGAGAGUACGAGUACUUACUUACAUAUCCGGCCCUCUCGCGCAUAACAAAUACCCUAUAUACGGUUCAAAGUAAGGGUUCGAAGACGAGAGUGAAGUUAAGGAGUCUCGCUAGCGCGAUGGUUAAAAACGAAUUCUUGAAAAUUUUUUUAAAAUAGCAUAUAAAUUUGAAACUUUGUAAGUUUUAUAAUUAACUUUUCAAGAAUACGUACAUAGGUAGUCAUUUUUUAAAUGCUAAAACAAUGAUUCUGCCAGUUUAAAGAUGUAUCUGUAAGUAAAUGGUUCUUAUAAAAUUAGUUAUUACAUUUCUGAAAGUAAACAAAAUUAAAAGAUUCUUAAUUUCCAUCUAAAAAAGAUUUCAUAACUUUUAAGCACGGAGUAACAGCCUUCAUUAAAUAUUGUUGUUGCUGUUGUUGUUGUUGUUGUUGUUAAAUAAAUAUACAUAUAACAAUUUAUAGAGCUCUUACUCCACAGUCUAAUUGUAAGUGCCACAGUAAGGUGAUUAAAACUGAUUUUAAUAUGCAUAAAUUGAUUUUAUUUUAUAAUAAUUUUUUUCAACUUUAUUAUUAAAGGAGCUCAACUUUUAUCAUUAACUUCCUACGUUUCAAGUCAAUUUUAAAAACAUAGAAACACAAAACUGCCAGAGAAUCUAGAAAAAAGAGAUUGAAUUCUUUGAAACCGUAACACUAGGAAGACUCUUUAAUAAAAAAAAAUCGGCGAAGAACACGAAACAACCGUGUGUGACGUAUACAUACACAGUGUGUGUGAAUUGUAAAUCUGCAAACGGAAUGCCGUAAAUCUUACAGUUUGUAAAUGUUUAACGUGAACUCAAAGAAAAGAAAGCAUUGCGAAGAAGAGCGAGGGAGUGAGUGGCGCGUAUGCAGAAGAGAAUGAAAUAGUGACGAGAGAAUGGAACGAAAAACCACUUUUAAGGUAUGUUAACGAUGUACAAAUGUGUAAUUUAGUGUUACAAGAGAAAUCCGUCUACAGCGCGGUAACACGAUAGCAGAAAAUACUAAACGGGGAAAAAAAAAAAAUAUUACUUUUAUUUUACGAGAAACGAGAAACGAGAAGCGAGAAGCGAGAAGCGAGAAGCGAGAAGCGAGAAGCGAGAAGCGAGAAGCGAGAAAAAGAACACGCAUACAGGUGAACCUUUUAGAGAAACCUAGGCGUACCUAUAUUUCCAUGAUUACACAUUUUUUGAACGUAUACUUGAUAAAUGGAACAGAUUACGUACCGCCAGCGAGAGAAAAUAAAAGUCAAGAGAGGCACACUCACACGUACGGUAAAAAUCAUGUGCUAUGAGCGACAGUUGUCGAAAUAAAAUUUUUUUCGAUCAAAAA